CGAAUCGGUUCCACGCGGUUCCACGCCAUGAGAGCCGCUCUUCUGCUUUGGGCGUGCGCCGGCACUCUUCUCGGAGCCGCUCCGGCCGACGAUGAGACGCGGCGCCUUCCUUUGCCGUGUCCCGGUCCUCUGAUGCAUUACCGGGACCUGGGCUGCACCGCCGUCUUCGAGAAGGAGGGCGAUCGCUGCCCCUCGAGGUACGACUGCAGCCACCUGGACCGCAGGCGGAGGGACAAGUGCCACGUGAACGGCGUCGAGUACGGCGUCGGGGAAUUUUUGAGGAAGGAGGACUCCAAUCCCUGCGACGUCUCGUGCAAGUGUACCAAGGAUGGCGAAGAGGCAGCUCAUUUCUCGUGCGCCGUUGUCGACUGCGUCGAGGACGUUACCCCUGGCUGCUACUUGAAGCAAUCCGCCGGCAGUUGCUGUCCCGGGGAUGAAGUUUGUCCGGAGCGACCGGAGGACAGGCCCAGGUGCGUCGUCGACGGGGUCACGUAUUGGGACGGGCAAUCGUUCGAUGUUAAAUCGGAACCCGAGAAGUCGUGUUAUUGCAUGGAAGGGUACACGGGAGAAAAUGUCGAGCCGUUCUGCGUUUUGCCGAGACACACGUGGUGUCACGCCGAACUGGAGCACAUCAACGACGUCUACGCCAAGUGUGCCCCGGUGUACACCACUUACCGCGAGCCCGCGGAAUCCUGCUCGAUACAGACGCGAUGCCAGGAAGGAGGCGACGGAGUCCUUCGAAAUUCGAGCGCCAAGUCAGCUUCCGAUGACACGAAGUGCCAGUUUGGCAAUCUCACUAUGGAAAUCGGGGACGAACUGACGCCGUCCUUUACGUCGGAGGACACGUGCAUCAGGUGUACGUGCGAAGUGCCACCGAUUCCCACGUGUACAUACGGGACGUGUUCCCGCGCGUAAAUACGAUGCCCCGGGUGAAACGCGUCAAAACCGAGUCAUCGGGGAUGAGAAACGAAAAGACCCCACUCUCUCUCGAUCCACUAUACCGUGACCGUGAGAAUACAUCCUUACUUGUGGACGAUUAUUGUACGCGACGACGGUGAUUAUGGGUAGGCAUCGCACUUAGGAGGAACUAAAUUACCGAUAGGAUCGUGGUCUUACGAUCGUAAUUAUAAUGGAAAUGAAGACCGAUCGCAGCGGUCAUCGUCAAGACGUUUACUCUUUCCUCUCCUCGAUUUAAUCUAUAAUGAAAUUUAAGUGCUACGCUUAAAUAUACCGUUUCCUACUUGUUUAUA